ACUCACUACUACACACUGUCACUGACUGACUGACUGAGUCACCGCCGGCCCUCCGCCCGUCUCUGCAGUGUGGUAGCCCCGCCUCACACGGCUAUUGGGCCCCCGGUACCCGGGCCCGCCUCUGUACAGGAGAGGACAGAUAUAUUAGGAAGUGCAGGGAAGACAGGACUUCGCCGGCUCCAAGUUUCUCUCCCGUCCCCUCUCACCGGCAGCGCCUGGCAUUGUAACACCGUAAGUGCUGCCUCUGGCCCCCCUCCCAGCACCGGCAGCCGCCCGCACACCCUCAGCCUUACACACCGCCACUGUUCGGGACAAGGAAGCAGCCGCCGCCGCAGGGCACAGCACCGGGCACGUAAUACUACUGUACCUCCCUGUACGAAGCACAAGCAAAGGGGCACAGAUCGGAGAGCAUGGCCAGGGAUAAAGCUAAGGAGUCUGAUGGGAGCUGGAAGAAAUUCGUGUGGAACCCGGAUAAGAAGGAGUUCCUGGGCAGGACAGGUGGUAGCUGGUUUAAAAUCCUCCUAUUCUAUUUUGUCUUCUAUGGAUGUCUAGCUGGUAUAUUUAUUGGGACCAUUCAAGUGCUUCUAUUAACCAUCAGUGAUUACGAACCAAAGUAUCAAGAUCGUGUAGCACCACCAGGACUGACCCAGGUGCCCAAAGCAAUUAAAACAGAGAUCACGUACUCACUGAAUGACCCAUCAACCUAUGAAGGAUAUGUAAGCAGCAUUUCUAAGUUUCUGGACAAGUAUAACAGCAGCAAACAAACAGACCCACUGAUUUUUAAAAACUGUGGAGAGACUCCUACAUCCUACUUUGAUCAAGGACCAAUAAGUCCAAAUGAUGGCAAGAGAUUAUCCUGUACAUUUAAGAGGGAAUGGCUUGGGAACUGCUCUGGCCUACAAGAUCCAACCUUUGGCUUUAAUGUUGGCAGGCCUUGUGUGAUUGUAAAGCUUAACCGAAUUUUGGGAUAUAAACCACAGCCUCCACCAAAUGGAUCAUUUCCAGAAAUCCCUGGCACAUCUUACAACCCGAACGUCAUUCCUAUCGUCUGUGCAGGAAAGAAAGAGGAUGACCAACCUAAAAUUAGAGAGAUCACCUACUUCAGCAUGGGCGGAUAUAACGGAUUUCCCUUGAACUACUACCCAUAUUACGGACGGCUGCUACACCCUGACUAUCUACAACCCCUUAUUGCUGUGCAGUUCACCAACAUUUCCCUGGACACAGAAGUUCGUAUUGAGUGCAAGGUCUUCGGGGAGAAUAUCCACUAUAGCGAUAAAGAUCGCUUUCAGGGACGCUUUGAUGUAAAGUUUGACAUAACGAGUAGCUGAUCAUAGGCACAACCCGUGCAAUACCAUAAUCUAAAAAAAUCCAGAAAAAACUUAGUCUUGAACAAACUGUCAUGUAUGGGACCUACACUAAAUAUAUAUGCUUUACACAAGCUUUCUGCAUUUACUAGGGUUAGAAUGUAAAAUCAAGGUGUAGCAAUAGUAACAAAGUAUUUAUUAUACUGUAAAUGAGAACUAAUAAAUGACUUGAACCUUGGGAGAUGCCCAUCAUGCUGUAAAUUGAUUCCAUAAUCAAAAUGUAGUCAGCAGUGUGUCUGGCCCCAAAACAUUGCUACAUUGUGUAUUUUUUGUGUACUUGUACAGUAGCAUAUGUGCAGGCUCUAUCAUUUCUGCCAAGACAUGUUCUCUUGUUCUCUAUGUUCCUUUUUGUGAGCAGGCAGGUUUGCAGGUCAAGAUGUAAAUACUCUAUAAUGGGAAUAAAACUGGCAUAGUAGUUUUGUUUCUAGUUUUAACCAAGAGAUGGCCAACCAAUAAGAAUAUUUAAUAGCACUCCAUAAAGCCAUAUUACAUGGCAUUGAUUUAAUUUUAUUUAGACAAGGAGAAGGGGGGCAUUUUCCAUAUUUUCUUUUCUUUUUUGCCUUCCUUUAGAUUCACGUAAAUGCAAGAGGUAAUGGGUUGUGCUGUGCUUUGUACUUAAUGCUUUUAUAAUUAACCCCCCCCUUAUUUCUUAUGUGCGUUAUGAAGGUGUGUUGAGGCCUGGGUCUGACUGUCAAUUUUGCCUACAAUAUGGCGAAUUGUUUUGAGUUAUAUAUAUUUUGUUUUUCAAGAAGCAUCGCAGUUUGGUGCUUUACAAAUGUUUUAACCAUGUUCAUGGUGGAAGAAUUUUAUAUUUAUGCAGUUGUACAAUUUUAUUUUUCUUCAAGAAAAGUAAUGUAUGAAAUAAACCAAAGUCACGUGUUGAAAAAUAGAUCUUUAUUUUAAAAAUGCAAUGCAGUAUCCCAUAGGAUGUAUUACAUGUCUACUGUGCGCACAUUGUUUAAACAUCUGUAAUAUCUGCGAGGAGUACAGUGCUCUAAGUCAAAACAUCAGACAAUAAAAUGAAUAAAUCCA